AUGUCUGGACUAUACGCUCGUGUGACUAGUUCCACGGUCAAUCCUGGUCCGGGCUCGUAUAACCCGAAGCUAGGAACAACUAGUGAUAAGCCAAGAGCCCCCGAAUUUUCAUUGAAAGGAAGGCAUGAAUCUUCCACAAACGUUAAUACCGCUCCAUACAGAGAUCUUCCGUCCUCGAUUGGAUCAGGCCCUAAGAUUUCACUUGCAUCAAGACAUGCUACAAGAGACGUAGAGAAUACACCCGGACCUGGUUAUGUUCCACCAGCUCUUGGUGCAGAUGCUCCAAAAGUUGCUAUGUCAUACAGACAUAGUGAAGUACGUGACUCAAGAGCUGACAAUCCAGGUCCAGGUGCUUAUGAUUACAAGGCACAGUUCGGUAACGAAGCACCUAAAGCCUACAUGCACUCUAGAACUGGUGAUCCAAUGGGAAUCAAUUCUGUAUCACCAGGUCCAGGCGCUUACAAUCCAGAUUAUUCAUCUCAGAAGAAACGUGCUCCAAGUGCAUCAAUGCACAUCAGACCAGAAUCACGUUCCAUCGAGACAUCACCCGGUCCAAGUGAUUACCAAAUUGAUAGAUCACUUGGUGGCCAAGCAUCUACAAUGCACGCCAGAACAGGAGAUCCAAUGGGCAUUAACUCUAUUUCUCCAGGUCCAGGUGCAUACAAUCCAUCAGACAGUAUGAAGCCAAAGGCCCCAUCAUUCACAAUGAAAGGCCGCCAUGAAUCAGUUGAACGUCCAAACACAGCUCCAUACAGAGAUCUUCCAUCCACAAUUGGUCAAGGCCCAAAGAUUUCACUUGCAUCAAGACAUGCAACAAGAGAUGUCGAGAACACUCCAGGUCCAGCAUACAUCCCUCCAGCUCUUGGUGCAGAUGCCCCAAAGGUUGCAAUGUCAUACAGACACGGCGAAGUUCGUGAUUCCAGAGCAGACAAUCCAGGUCCAGGUGCUUACAACUAUCAGCCAACAUUUGCAAACGAAGCUCCAAAGGCAUACAUGCACACAAGGAAUGGAGAUCCAAUGGGAAUCAACUCAAUUUCUCCAGGUCCAGGUGCUUACAGUCCUGAUUACAACACACAGAAGUCUAGAGCUCCAAGUGCUUCAAUGCACAUAAGACCAGAAUCAAGAUCAAUUGAGACAUCACCAGGUCCAAGUGAUUACCAGAUUGAUAGAUCACUUGGCGGACAGAAGUCAACAAUGCACUCAAGAACAGGAGAUCCAAUGGGAAUUAACUCAAUCUCUCCAGGUCCAGGUGCAUACAAUCCAGGUGAUGCAAACAAGACAAAGGCUCCUUCUUACACAAUGAAAGGACGCCAUGAAUCAACAUCACAAGUCAACACUGCUCCUUACAGAGAUUUACCAUCAUCAAUCGGCCAAGGACCAAAGAUCUCUCUCGGAUCUCGCCAUGCAACAAGAGAUGUUGAGAACACUCCAGGUCCAGCAUACAUCCCUCCAGCUCUUGGUGCAGAUGCUCCUAAGGUUGCAAUGUCAUACAGACACGGCGAAGUUCGUGAUUCCAGAGCAGAUAAUCCAGGUCCAGGUGCAUAUGAUUACAAGGCACAGUUCGGAAAUGAAGCACCAAAGGCUUACAUGCAUUCUAGAACAGGAGAUCCAAUGGGAAUUAACUCAAUUUCUCCAGGUCCAGGUGCAUAUAGCCCUGAUUACAAUUCUCAGAAGAAACGUGCUCCAAGUGCAUCAAUGCACAUCAGACCAGAAUCACGUUCCAUCGAGACAUCACCAGGUCCAAGUGAUUACCAGAUUGAUCGUUCUCUUGGUGGCCAAGCUUCUACAAUGCACGCAAGAACAGGAGAUCCAAUGGGCAUCAAUUCUAUUUCACCAGGUCCAGGCGCUUAUAACCCAGGUGAUGCAAUGAAGCCAAAGGCUCCAUCAUUUACAAUGAAAGGACGUCAUGAAUCAGUUGAACGUCCAAACACUGCUCCUUAUAGAGAUCUUCCAUCAACAAUUGGCCAAGGUCCAAAGAUUUCACUUGCCUCAAGACAUGCAACAAGAGAUGUCGAGAACACUCCAGGACCAAAUUAUGUUCCACCAGCACUUGGUGCAGAUGCUCCUAAAGUUGCAAUGUCAUACAGACACGGCGAAGUUCGUGAUUCGAGAGCAGAUAACCCAGGUCCAGGUGCUUAUGAUUACAAGGCACAGUUCGGUAAUGAAGCACCUAAAGCUUACAUGCACUCAAGAAAUGGAGAUCCAAUGGGAAUCAAUUCUGUGUCUCCUGGUCCAGGCGCUUACAACCCUGACUACAGCACACAGAAACCACGUGCUCCAUCAAGUUCUAUGCACAUCAGACCAAAGGAUAGGACUGGCGAUACAACACCAGGCUACACAGACUUAGGUUCUACACUUACUGGACCUGCCUUCACAAUCGGUCUCAGAGAAAACCUCGGAAUGAUCCCUGUUUAA